AUGGAGUCACUGUUCCGCGUGCAAGCUGUGAGCAUUCUGCCAUCAUCCAUGUGCGAAUCUCGCGUCCGCGAUCGACCACCACCUCACACCUAG